CCGACGGCUUCCAGGAAUCCCUCACCCCGCGAUGUCGCUUCUUCCCUUUGGAAGCACACUUCCUGAGAUUCUACAUGGAUGAGCUCGAGCUGUCCUCCAAUGGCUGCUCAUCGACUUCCUCUCCCGAAACCUACUUUCAGAACCAGAAUUAUCGCCUCAACUGUCACAUAUGCAACGCCUUUACUUCGUUCUAAUUCCAUCUCUUUCACAUUUCACUUGUUCUAUUCGCUCCCCAAAUUUCAUUCUAUUCAUGAUGAAGCUGCAGGAUCUUCUAAUCACGGUCCUGUUUCUUCUUCAGUUUCUGCCUCGAAUUCGUUUCUAGUGGAAAAGAUUUUGUUCAGCUUGAAGCAAAAUAAUGUAAGUUCUUUGUCCAAUUCUCUUUUCCGCCUGAAUCCCUCAGCGUUAGUUGAAGUUCUGUAUGGAUGUCGCGAAAAUUUACAUUUGGGAUUAAAAUUUAUUGAUUUAGUUUCUUCUAGUUGCCCGAAUUUGAAGCACUCGUCAAUUUCUUUGAGUGCAAUGGUUCAUUUCUUAGUGCGCGGCAGGAGGCUCUCAGAAGCCCAAGCUUGCAUUCUUAGGAUGGUGAGGAAGAGUGGCGUCUCACGAGUUGAGGUCGUUCAAUCUUUAGUUUCAACGUGUGGUAAUUUUGGGUCGAUUGGUUUGGUUUCUGAUUUGUUAGUAAGGACUUAUGUGCAAGCUAGAAAGUUAAGGGAAGGAUCUGAAGCAUUUCGAAUUUUGAGGAGCAAAGGAGUUUCUGUAUCUAUAAAUGCUUGUAACAGUCUCCUUGGUGGUCUUGUGAAGAUUGGCUGGGUGGAUUUAGCUUGGGAAAUAUUUGGGGAAGUUGUGAGAGGGGGCACUGAGUUGAAUGUUUAUACACUGAACAUAAUGGUCAAUGCUCUGUGUAAAGAUGGCAGAAUUGCAAAUGUGAAUUUGUUCUUAUCAGAUAUGGAAAAGAAAGGAGUUUUUCCUGACAUUGUGACAUAUAAUACUCUAAUUAGUGCUUACUGUCGUGAAGGGCUUGUUGAAGAAGCCUUUGAACUGUUGAAUUCAAUCUCUAGUAAGGGUAUGGAACCGGGCCUUCUAACUUAUAAUGCUAUCAUAAAUGGCCUAUGUAAGAUAGGUAAGUAUAACAGGGCAAAGGACGUUUUGAAUAAGAUGUCGCAACUUGGGUUAAAGCCUGAUGCCGCUACAUAUAACACAUUGCUGGUUGAGAUUUGUCGACGAGAUAAUAUUUCAGAAGCUGAAGAGAUAUUUGAUGAAAUGUCACGUCAUGGUGUUCUCCCUGAUUUGAUUAGUUUUAGUUCUCUGAUUAGUGUGCUUGCUAGGAAUGGGGAUCUUGAUUUGGCUCUUACGUAUUUUAGAAAUAUGAAAAGUAUUGGUCUCGUGCCUGAUAAUGUAAUUUAUACUAUUCUUAUUGAUGGGUUUUGUCGAAACGGUGCGAUUUCGGAUGCUUUGAAAAUGCGGGAUGAGAUGCUUGCUCAGGGUUGUGUUGUGGAUGUGGUUGCAUAUAAUACUAUUUUGAAUGGGUUAUGUAAGAAGAAGAUGCUUGUUGAUGCAGAUAUGCUAUUCAAUGAAAUGGUUGAAAGGGGUGUGUUUCCGGACUUUUAUACUUUCACCACGCUCAUUCAUGGAUAUUGCAAAGAUGGAAAUAUGGAUCGAGCACUGAAUUUGUUCGGAAGAAUGGUUCGCACAAACCUCAAGCCAGACAUCGUGACAUACAACACGUUGAUUGAUGGCUUUUGCAAAGUAGGUGAUAUGAAAAAGGCCAAGGACUUGUGGGAUGAUAUGAUCAGGAAAGAUAUUGUCCCUAACCACGUUUCCUACGGAACUGUAAUAAAUGGUUUUUGUAGUUCAGGCUAUUUAUCCGAGGCAUUGCAUCUGUGUGACCAGAUGGUUGAACGGGGUAUCAAACCGAACCUUGUCACUUACAAUACUUUAAUCAAAGGCUACUGCCGGUCUGCUGAUAUGCUGAAGGCCCAUGAAUGCUUGAGCAAAAUGAUAUCAAAUGGAAUAAUUCCCGAUCGCAUCUCAUAUAACACCCUCAUUGAUGGAUAUUUAAAAGACGAGAACCUAGGAAAAGCUUUUGUUAUGAUUAAUGAGAUGGAAAAGCAAAGGCUCAAACUUGAUGUUAUUACCUAUAAUUUGAUUUUGAACGGAUACUGUGCAAAAGGAAGAAUGCUAGAGGCUGAGCAGGUGUUAAGGAAAAUGAUUGAGAAUGGUGUAAAUCCUGACAGAGCCACUUAUUCUUCUCUGAUAAAUGGUCACGUCAGCCAAGACAAUAUGAAGGAUGCAUUUCGUUUCCACGACGAAAUGCUACAAAGAGGACUUGUGCCUGAUGAUAGAUUUUAGUUUUGGAUUUCAUUGGAUGCACAUCAGAAUAUACAAUUAAGGGAUACUUCAUAUCUGAUCCAAAACUCGGUGCCGAUGCUUUUACAUUGAUGUUGUCUCUUCAAUUACUGAGAAUUGAGGCAUUGAUGUUGUCUCUUCAAUUACUGAGAAUUGAAGUUCUGAUCCUCUCAGUUCUUCCCAAGCCAAAGAUUAGCAGGAAAAGGAAAAAAAGAAGAGCUUGCAAUUGUCAUCGAUAGGAGUCUUGAUGUGCUUGGAGAGGGCUAUGUGUCCAUUGAAGGUGGAUAAGAUAAACUUUUAGGAGUUACCAGCAAAAGAACAGUAGAUGAAGACGUGACUUCGAGUUUCCAUGCUCUUUUUGCGAAGAGGACGCCAUUCCGGGAAUGGGGAGCCAUGGGGUCGCUUUUGCAUCUUGUCCUAAUUGUUUAAGCUUGUGUGGCUGAGUUCCUAUUUCCUAGAAGAAGAGCUUGAUUUCUUUGGGUUAUUUACCUGAACUGGUGUGGCAGAGUUGAGUGGAUUAUUGCAAAGAGAUCGAAUUGUAAAGGAGCCAUUUGAUACUGUCAGCCAAAACCAUAUUGUUGCUGUAUUUAGGGAUGAAGUGUAGAGAGCAAACGAGAUAGAAGUUAAUCCAACUUUCCCCAAAGAGUACCUUUUCCCUUAGUUUUACUUCACCAUUGAAGUUAUCUUUCUUGUAGAUCUUGUGGGCUACUUGUCAGCUGCCAACCAGAAUAUAGUAUAGCCCACAUUUCACUUUUGUUGUCAUAAGGAGAAACCAGUCAACUUGUUGCUUCGCCAUGCCCGAUUAGGCGAAAAACCCGGAAAAAGGAAAAGUUAAGCGAAAAGAAGGCAUGGCUGCACAAUUACUUGGCCACUCAGAGAAAGGGCGCACCACAUUUCUAUUCCCAGUCAAAAGCUCAAUGAAGGAAAUUGUUUGCCAUGGUCACGGAGUGUUGGACACUCCCAGACCCGUUUCCUCUUCUUCGAGCGAAAGAACCAGAGAUAAGCACGGAUAUGAUUAUGAGACAUCAUUUUGUAAACAUCUAGAACAUGGAGACACUAAGGACACGCUUAUUAAGGCUCCUUGGCUGGUUUGUGAUGGCAACUUGAUCUCUCUGUAGGAAUACAAAAUGGGCCAUGCUUCAACAAUAAAUAUAUUGAAGAGCUGUUUUGUAAGCACUUUUUUGCACUUGUACUUCUCUUAAUGCCAUUGAUUUUGGGCUCUCUAUCUUCUCCAAGUCACUUUUCCUUUUGCAGCCUCUUUCUGCCUGUAGGAUAGCUGUUAGAGAUUUGACCUUAUUUGAUACAAUGUUAGUUACAUGAUUUGUUAAUUUCCUUAUUGGAUUACAUAUUUUAUCAAUUAAGUUAUGUUAA